AUGCGACAAAGGUUUUGGGUAAUUGGAGGUCGUGAUCUCGUUCACCGUACUUACCAUCAGUGCCAUAAGUGUUUCCGUAGCAAGCCCCGUUUGAUCCAACAAACUGUUGCAGACAUACCAUCUUCACGAGUCUCACCAACAAGACCGUUUUCCGUUUGUGGUGUAGACUAUUGUGGACCAGUCUACAUCAAGUCACCAAUACGGAACCGAGGACCAACGAAGGCAUACGUAUCGAUCUUCGUGUGUUUCUCGACCCGUGCUGUUCACAUCGAGUUGGUGUCCGAUUUAUCCACGCCAGCGUUUUUGGCUGCUCUUCGCCGGUUUGUCGCCCGCCGAGGAAGGAUGAGCGUAAUUCAUAGCGACAACGGAACCGCGUUCAAAGGAGCAUCCAACGAGCUCCACCGAAUCCAUCAGAUGCUGAAAUCCGACCAGGGCGGACGUAAGCAGAUUCUCGAUUGGUGCCCCGAGAAUGAAAUUGCAUGGCGAUUCAUUCCACCUCGUGCUCCGCAUUUUGGCGGCUUGUGGGAAGCAGCCAUUAAGUCAGCCAAACAUCAUCUGUUGCGUGAGAUAGGCAACGUGCAUAUGUGUUUGAACUCCAGACCGCUCACUGCAAUACCAUCCGAUCCGUCAGAUUUGGAGGCUCUGACGCCAGGUCAUUUCCUUGUAGGAACCAACUUACAAUCCGUGCCCGAAACGUCAUUAAGCGAAGUGCCGGACAAUCGACUGUCGCAUUGGCAGCUCACCCAGGAGCGUGUCCAACGAAUUUGGGCAAGGUGGUAUCCGGAAUACCUUCAGCAGCUGCAGUCCCGUGCUUUGAAGCAAAUUCCAGCUGUCGCCAUUGAACCUGGAUGUGUUGUCGUGAUCAAGGACGAUUGUCUACCGCCAACCCAAUGA